AGCUGUGAAAGGGAGGCGGCGGGAACGGCUCCGGGAUGUCGGUUAAGAGAGCAUUAAAUUUGGACACUGUUAAAAAAGAUAAUGCACCUGAGGCCACCCCCCUAAAGGGCAAAAGGAGCAACCUGAACUUGUACUCCCCAACCACAGGCACGUGCCAGCUGAGUCCCUGCUCCUCUCCCUGCAGUGACCGGGCACAGAAGGCCAGCAGUGCCCCAGCAGAGGGAGAUGGGAACGAGCAGAGCGAAUCCAAGCGCGGCUUAUCCAGGAGAGGGCAGCCUCAAACAGAGCACGACGUGUUCCUGCAACUGCACUCCCAAGUGACAAAUUCCUUGCCCAGAAUUCUGAAACUAAGAGCAAAUCUGACAAGCCUGAAGGCUUUGGAGGGCAGUAGAGAGCUGGAAAACAUCCUUGGAGUCUCACACUCGUCCUGUGUCCUGAGUGCUGAGCUGCAGAAAACCCAAGCGCUGGUGAGUCAAGCAGAAAAACUGCAGCUGUUGAAAGCAAACCAUGGAAAAGUCGCUGCCCGAGAGCACAUCCAGGCUGGGGGUGCUGCAUUGCUCGCCUCAUUCCUGGACAGAAGGAAGGAGCCCCUGGGCCUGCUCCAGGCCACACCCAGCACCAAGGCACAGCCAGAGUGACCAGGACCAAGGCAUUAUGUGAAAAAUGCAUUCCACAUCAACCCAAACUUCUCCAUCUGCUGGACUGGACUUAAAAGGAGCGAAGAGCUGAGUGUAAACCAAUCUCCCCAGCAAAUCCCAGCUGGGGAGCGCUCGCUGUGCCGGGCAGGUGCACGUCCAGAUAACAUUUCUGGCAUCUAUUUCAACUUAACAAUGUGCACAAGCAGAUAAUCUCAAUGUAAAUAAUCCACCCCGGGUGCUGU